AUCAGUAAUAACUACUGAACCUUCGAAAUUUGAACUCAGAAUAAACUGCAUUAAAUUAUCAACAACCCAUUAUUUUAUCAAUCUAUGCGAAUUUAUGGGCUUCCCUUUUCUGAUCCUUCGAGCCGGAUGUUAACGUGCGACUUUAUGUGUAAUGUUUUGUGUGAUCAGAUGAAAACGGAGGUCGAAAUAUGUCGUUCUCGUACCUCUGAAGCGGCGAUGUGUCGCGCGCGGCGUCUAUCCGCCGGCUGCGAGUGGGCAGCGGCCCUCAAACUAUUGGACACCGUCGACCCCUGGUGCUGCGGGGAGGUGCGCGUUGCUUGUCUAGUCGAACUAAGGAAGAGUUCUGAACUAUUCGCGUUCGCUCACACGCUGGUGGACGCUUACCCUAACAGUUGGAUAUCAUGGUACGCGGUCGGGUGUUACUACUACCUUAUCGGUAAAAGUGAAUUUGCCCGGAGGUAUCUUAGUAAAGCUAAGAGUUUGGAGCCGGGCGCUGGAUGUGUAUGGCUCGCUUACGGACACAGCUUUGCAAAUGAUAAUGAACAUGAUCAAGCUAUGGCUGCAUAUUUCAAGGUAAGAUACAAUUAUAUAAAAAAAAUGCAUUCAUAUGAUGAUAUUAUUAUUUUUUUUUUUUUAUCGAAAUAUGUUUAAAAGAGUUACAAACAAGGUUAUUUGCAUUUAUAAUAUUAGUUAGGGUAAUUUUUCAAUUUUUUUAACAUUAUUUGAGGUCAGUUCCAUUAAUUUCAAAUUUUGCGAAGAUUUUACUUUAAUGCUGGGUAAUGUACAUCUAUGCCAGUGGCGUAGCUAGGUAACCUAGGGCCCUGGGGCAAACAAAAAAAUGGGACCCACUGCUAU